CAUACGGCCUGGACACGAUGCACCCCAGCAGGCGCAGCCUCCCUUUCCCCCUGAACUGUCAGCUCGUAAGGGUUGGAACUGCUGAUUAUGGAGGUGUCUUGGAUCAGAGUGAUCAGCAGCUGGACUGUGCCUUGGACUUAAUGAGGCGCCUGCCUCCACAGCAAAUUGAGAAAAACCUCAGCGACCUGAUCGACCUGGUUCCCAGUCUAUGUGAAGAUCUCCUGUCUUCUGUUGACCAGCCACUGAAAAUCGCCAGAGACAAAGUGGUGGGAAAGGAUUACCUUUUGUGUGACUACAACAGAGACGGGGACUCCUAUAGGUCACCAUGGAGUAACAAGUAUGACCCUCCCUUGGAAGAUGGGGCCAUGCCUUCUGCUCGGCUGAGGAAGCUGGAGGUGGAAGCCAACAAUGCCUUUGACCAGUAUCGAGACCUGUAUUUUGAAGGCGGCGUCUCAUCUGUCUACCUCUGGGAUCUGGAUCAUGGCUUUGCUGGAGUGAUCCUCAUAAAGAAGGCUGGAGACGGAUCAAAGAAGAUCAAAGGCUGCUGGGAUUCCAUCCACGUGGUGGAAGUGCAGGAGAAGUCCAGUGGCCGCACCGCCCAUUACAAGCUGACCUCUACGGUGAUGCUGUGGCUGCAAACCAACAAAUCUGGCUCUGGCACCAUGAACCUUGGAGGCAGCCUUACCAGACAGAUGGAGAAAGAUGAAACUGUGAGCGACUCCUCGCCACACAUAGCCAAUAUUGGGCGCCUGGUAGAGGACAUGGAAAAUAAAAUCAGAAGUACGCUGAAUGAGAUCUACUUUGGAAAAACAAAGGACAUCGUCAAUGGGCUGAGGUCUGUGCAGACUUUUGCAGACAAAUCAAAACAAGAAGCUCUUAAGAACGACCUGGUGGAGGCUUUGAAGAGAAAGCAGCAAUGUUAAACCUCUGCUUCACGCUAACCGGACAUGCCAUGCACUCGUUAGAUCCCUUUCUUAGAAAACUCGUUUUCUGCUCCCUUCCCUGUCCCUUUCCUCCCCGACAGGUCACACAACACCUGCGUCACCGACCUGCACAGCGCCAUCACACCCUGAGAAUAAAGCCGCUAAUACCCUCUCCGUCUCCAAGGCCUGCUUCCCACCACGUUUUGCUAUCAGAACUCGAUGUUUCCAUAGAGACCAUGUGUGUUUUGUUUGCCCAGGCUCCACCCCCCCAUUUAUAGGCAUAAAAUACACUGUCUGUCUGCCUCCCCUUCCUUCCCACCUUUUUGUUACAUUGGUGUAAAAAAUGUAAAACAAAAAAAUUUUAUGAAAUAACUGUGGUGUGUGAAAGAAGAAAAACUGGAAAUCUGAUUCCACGUGUGUUUGGGAGUUGCUUGGGGUUGGGAUGGGGAGCAGGGGACAGCUCUGGGAGGAAGGAGAGGUGGCCCUCAGCACUGUCCUGCACGCCUGGCCCCCGGCCUCAGAGACCACAUUAUGGGGCGCGGGGGGCCUGCGACCGUCUGCUCUUCUGGCCAGGUGCUUUUCUGUCAAUUUUUAUGGAAUGCAAAAGGAGUUUUUUGUUUUAUUUUGUUUUUUUUGUAAAGCUUAAAAAAAAAAUCUACAUCUUAUACUUGAGCUUCCAUACUUAAAAAAAAAAAAGGUAAAAAAGAACAAAAAAAUAAAUAAAAAGAAACUGGGACGCA